CCCAAUGAGGCGUUUCUUCCGUAUCGGAUAAAAACGUGGUGUUAGACGAAUUCAUCGAAAGAGGUGUCGCUGUUCGGUUGUGAGUUGGGUGUCAUCAUUAUGGAUUCAGUGUGCUGAAUAACGGUAUGGACUCUCUGGUGAGAAGGGCGGAAUUCAGGACUCCGAGUCCCCGGGGAGGCAACGGCGACGAGGACUCGGAGGCGGAAUCGUUCCGGGACGGUCGCACGGACGAGGUGGACAGGGACACGAAGGCCAGGGCGUUCGCAUGGUGCAGAGACUUCCUGUCCGGCGCUUGGAGGGACAUUUCUUUGGAGGAGUUCCAGAUCAGCAUCGUAAGCGGCGGGCUGAGUAACCUGCUCUACCUAUGCAGUCUCCCUGACAAUGUGCCCGCUAUGGGGGACGAACCUCGGCAGGUGCUGCUCCGGGUUUACGGCGCCAUCCUCCAGGGUGUGGACUCCCUCGUACUGGAGAGUGUCAUGUUUGCCAUCCUAGCAGAGCGGUUGCUGGGGCCUCGCCUCUACGGUAUUUUCCCCGAGGGCCGUCUGGAACAGUACCUCCCGAGUAAGCGCCUGCGGACAGAGCAGCUCCGUGUCCCAGAACUUUCAGCGGAGAUAGCGGUGAAGUUGGCACGCUUCCACAGGAUGGUCAUGCCCUUCAACAAGGAGCCCAAGUGGCUCUUUGGGACCAUUGACAGGUACAUGGAUCAAAUAUUGAAGCUGAAGUUUGUACGGGAAGCUCACGUUAAGAAGUUCAACAAGCUCAUGAAGUACAACCUGCCGGAGGAGCUUGAGAAUCUCAGGGCACUCCUUGCUGCAACUCCUUCUCCGGUGGUCUUCUGCCAUAAUGAUGUACAGGAAGGCAAUAUUCUCAUGUUGGACAGUCGGAACCCAACGUCAACAGACAAACUCAUGCUUAUUGACUUUGAGUACAGCAGCUACAAUUACAGGGGCUUUGACUUUGGAAACCACUUCUGCGAGUGGGUGUAUGACUACACGUAUGAGCAGUGGCCUUUCUUCAAGGCCAACUUGGAGAACUACCCAAACAGGCAGCAGCAGCUACAUUUCUUUCGGAACUACUUGUUGGAAAAUAAGGAAUAUUCUGAAAAUUGCACGCAAGAAGAGCAAAGUCAGAUUGAGAAGGCCAUGAUCCUAGAAGCCAAUCGUUUUGCAUUGGCUUCUCACUUCUUCUGGGGCUUGUGGUCCAUUAUUCAAGCGAAAAUAUCAACAAUUGAGUUUGGCUAUAUGGACUACGCACACAGUCGGUUUGACGCCUACUUCAAGCAAAAAAAACUGUUUGCGUAAUGUUUCUCCUUCCCUUCCACAGCAAGAUAGUUUUAAUAUACUGUAAUAUGGUAAUUUUCUUCCUGCUGGUUGCCUAUGCUCAGUGGUCUGUGCUGAAAUAUGGACUCUGGAUAGACACACCUCUGGUAAUUUCUUGGCCAAAAAAAAAAUUAAUCUUCCCUCAACCUUGUUGCGGAUACACUGGCUAAAUGUGUGCGGUGUGAGAGCUGCGAGUCUUUUGUGUUGAAAACAAAAACGAAAAGCGCAACCAUUUAUAUCGUUGUACUGUAAUACAGUGAUGGUUCAUUUAUGUUGGAAUAACCGUGUCUGCUUCUGUUGGGUAUUUAUGAGGUGUCAACAGGUGUGUCUGUCAGUAAUUUCUUCGAAUUCAUUCCCAUGACGAACCAGAGCACCAAAACAGUUAAGGUCCAAAACCCUAACCAAACUCAGCCAGUGGAUUCCCAGCACCCGUGCACGGUGGCAUCUCGUGAUUUGAAUGCUCGAGCUACGAAUUUUCAAGGAUAAAAAGACUUGAUGGUUAAUUUUUCAUUGUAUUCUCUUGCGUCAGCUUUGUCACCUACGUUUCCAUAAAUAUAUUCAGAAAUCAGUUAUCAGUAGUGAUCAUUAACAGAGGAAUUCUGCACAAGUUUAUGGGCCACAAUUGAAUAAGACCACGUGGAUUCUGUGUGUGUUUGUCCCCCUUAGUGUUUUAUGUAUUUUUAUUUACUUUUUUAAAUUAAUUUGAGAUAUCUUCCAAUGAUGUAAACUGUUAUUACAUGGUUACAAUACAGUAGAGUUUGACAUAUUUUGAGGGUUAUUUGGCUAUUUGGUUUUUUUUUCUCUGGAAUUGAGUCUUUGUUCUUCAAGGUGUUGCACCGGAUCCUCAACUUACAAACGCUUAGGGACUGUUCGUAGCUCGAUUUGUUGGUAACGUGAGGAGCCAGUGUACUCCCUGAGCACAGCGUGAUGUUUCUAGUACUGGUUUGUACAUU